AUGUCUCGGGAAAUGUCAGGACGCUGGGUCAGCCCAUGCAAAGUCGCGGAUUUCUUCAAACUCACAAUGCCCAUAAAAUUGAGGAAGGGGAGUAUAGAAAAACUACCGAAGAUCGACAAGAGGUUUUUUGCUGGACAAAAACCAGGCAACCAAAAGGCCAUGGCCAAGAAAACGAUAGAGUUCUUUGACACGGGUAAUUUCACUGGAAUACAACUGGUUGAUACUUCAAACUACUCAGAUCCGAAUUCUAAACGUGGCGCAAAGCUUCGUCCGGGCCUAUCUUUACGCGAUAAAUCCACUGUCAUCGACCCCAACUCACCGACGCAACUCGGCGAAGCCUCAUGUGGCUUCGAGGUCGAGGAUACUAUGAUAGAGAUUCUCAGUGACAGGGGUCCCCUUUUCGAACUUGAGACCGAUACAGCGCAGCAAGCUCGCGACCAGCUAGCCACCCACGCAGUGGGAUUUUGCUCUCGUCAACACAGAACCCAUUUAUUCUUCGUCUAUCUCUACUAUCCCUAUGCCCGAUUGAUCCGUUUCGAUAGAGCAGGAGCCCUCGUUUCGGAACGAUUCAAGUUCACCAACGAUUGCACUCCUCUUAUUCGGUUCUUUUCGAGGUUAUCGAACAUGACCCCAGCACAAAGGGGGUGUGACCCUACCGUACGCGUCGCAGAUGAGCUUGAGACGAAACUUGCUCGCGAACGCCUCAAGGAAUGGGCACCAGACCCAAAGUACGAACGUCCCGUAUUCAAAAUGGAGGUUUACGACGACCCAAAGGGACUUCCCGGUGAUGACACCAAGAAACCCAACCCCCGCACGUUUCUCGUUUGGGGAGCCCUCGCGGAUCCAGGAUCACCACUCGGGCGAGCGACGUGUGGCUAUCCAGCGCUCGAAGUAACUCACGGAUUGGACCAGGCUAAGGAGGCUCCAAUUAUGUUCCUGAAGGAGCAAUGGCGUUCCAUUGCGCUGCGUCCGGAAAUCGUCACCCUUCGGGAACUCAAGGCUAAGGGGGUUAAACACGUCCCCACACUGGAAUGCGGAGGCGACCUCCCUGGUCAAGUCACACAGACGGCUACGUACGCUGCUGAGAUCCUGUAA